CCACGCUUUAUAAACUACCAUUCCCCUCCUCUCUCUCCGCACCGUCCUCCUUUUAUCUUCCCUUGCAAAUCAUGGGAAAUCUCUCUCUCUUCUUCCUCCUCCUCCUCGUCUCCGGCCUCUUUCUCUCCCACGCCGCCUCCGCCGGCUCGAUUCCCGACGACCUUCGCCUCCCCUCCACCUCCGCCUUCCCCCGCGCCAGCGCCAAGAAGCUGAUCCGAGCCCUAAAUCUCAUCCCCAAGGACGCCUCCCCCGAGUCCACCGUCGGCUUCUCCUCUGAUGCCUCGCGGAAUAGGAUCUUCGAGAGGCGUUUCCGCUUCCCUGGCCUCUCCGAUGGGACAUCUGUUGAUGAUCUCGGCCAUCACGCCGGUUAUUACAGCCUUCCUCACACCCAUGACGCCAGGAUGUUCUACUUAUUUUUCGAGUCGAGGAAUAGCAACAAGGACCCGAUCGUCAUUUGGUUGACGGGAGGACCUGGCUGCAGCAGUGAAUUGGCGGUUUUUUAUGAGAAUGGGCCUUUCGGUAUAGCCGAUAACAUGUCACUUGUGUGGAACCAAUUCGGUUGGGAUCAGGCAUCAAAUCUUAUAUAUGUUGAUCAGCCCACUGGAACCGGUUUCAGCUACAGUUCAGAUAAGCGUGAUCUUCGUCACAAUGAAAAGGGAGUUAGCGAUGACCUGUAUGACUUUCUACAGGCAUUUUUUGCUGAACACUCAGAAUAUGCAGAAAAUGACUUUUACAUAACUGGUGAGUCUUAUGCUGGGCACUAUAUUCCUGCUUUUGCCAGCCGUGUUCAUCAAGGAAACAAAGAUAAAGAAGGCAUUCAUAUAAACCUGAAGGGUUUUGCAAUUGGGAAUGGACUAACUGAUCCAGCAAUCCAGUACAAAGCAUACACUGACUAUGCAUUGGAUAUGGGAAUUAUUAAGGAAUCUGACUACAAAAGAAUUAACAAGAUUUAUCCAGCAUGUGAACUUGCCAUCAAACUUUGUGGAACAUCAGGGACUGUCUCUUGCUUGGCAUCGUAUUUAGUCUGCAACACUAUAUUCAGUUCAAUCAUGCGGAUAGCUGGAAAUGCAAAUUAUUAUGACAUCAGGAAACAGUGUGAAGGGAGCCUGUGCUAUGACUUCUCCAACAUGGAGAAAUUCCUCAAUCUGAAGUCCGUUAGAGAGACUCUUGGUGUAGGAGACAUAGAAUUUGUUUCAUGUAGCCCUACCGUGUAUGAAGCCAUGCUCACCGACUGGAUGAGGAACCUGGAAGUGGGCAUUCCUGCUCUGCUCGAGGAUGGCAUCCAGUUACUUGUCUAUGCUGGAGAAUAUGAUCUUAUUUGUAACUGGCUUGGAAAUUCAAGAUGGGUUCAUGCCAUGGAAUGGUCUGGCCAGAGUGGCUUUGUUUCCUCAUCUGAAAUCCCAUUUUUGGUGGAUGGAGUAGAAGCUGGACUUUUGAAGACACAUGGAUCUCUUAGUUUCUUGAAGGUUCAUGAUGCAGGCCACAUGGUCCCCAUGGAUCAGCCCAAGGCUGCUUUAGAGAUGCUGAAGAGGUGGACACAGGGGAAGCUCGCUGAAGAUUCUACCGGUUCGGUGAACCUCGACGCCGAAAUGUAACAUGCUGAACGGUAGUCUGCUAGGGAUGGACAAAUUCGAGUCAAACUCUUUCUGUAAGAUAUGUAAAUGAAUGAAUGAAUGAAUUAUCAGAAAUUUGUGGAGUUCCUGCCACUUUUUAUCA